AGAGACAUGACUACAUUUCGCGAUAAGCCAAGCUAACAACAACACCUGAAGCUGAUUAUUGUGUAUUGACAUUUGACGUUUAGGCUAAAUCUGUUGGCCAUUUGUGGACUUCGUAAUGAUCUAUUGAUAAUUCGAUAAUUCUUGUUCCUUUGUACGUUCGAGACGCUUGAAUAAGAACAGUGGGCAGAAACCAUGUAAUGUGAACAAUGUGUCAAGACUGCGUCAAAGAGGAAUAUCCAGACAGGGGGACUUUGUGUCUUGAUUCUGGAGCAUACCUAGCAAAUUUGCAAGGCUGCACUGGUUGUGGUCACAAAGACACACUCAAAUCCAUCAAUAGGUCUACAAUAAAUCCUGAAGACACAUCACAAGAGGUUAUUGAAUUUGAUCAUGUUUGCAGUAAUUGUAAUCAUGUGAUUGCUACCCAUGAUCAUCAUUUUUGGGUCGAGGAGGACUACCAGUAUUAUGAAAUGAGCUGCAUGCUUUGUGGUAAUGCAGAGGACACACGGUCCUGUUAUCCAGAUGAUCCUCGGAUGGAUGCUGUCCUGUUUUGAGAUUGGAGGAUGUGUUUUUCCUUGAAGAUGUAGACAAUAAAAAGAAAUAAAAUUUGAAGCAGGAA